AUGCUCGCGGUACCGCCGCUGAACAUCACUGCCCCAACACCAACACACACCGCAGACAUGUCUAUCCAACCGCUCAUCACCUUCAAGGCCGGCCAGUGUGAGCUGACUCGCGGAGAAGGCAACCAACAGACAGUCAAGCCAGUACCAACACCAGGCUAUGUCUACCUGUACCAAGGAGAAGAUGAAUUCGUGCACUUCUGCUGGCGACCACGCGACCGCUCACUCGACCAGUCGGACCUGGACCUCAUCAUGAUCCCCGGUGACGGCUCCUUCCAACCCUACACCGGCAAGGACUCCAUCGAUGACCCCGAGAACAUCAAGUCGCCCACCGACGGCCGCAUCUUCGUCCUCAAGUUCAGCUCGAGCUCACAACGCUAUCUCUUCUGGUUGCAAUCAAAGUCGCAGCACCCGCGCGGCGCGAGUUGGUUCAGCGAGCGCGACCUCAAAAUCGGACAGGUCAUUGAUCUGCUACUGACAGGCGAGGAGAUUGAUGUACAGGCUGAACUUGUAGGUAUCUCGAGCUCAUCCAACAAUGACGAGGAUGAGACAAUGGAAGACGUAGAGCCAUCUAGCCGAAACCGCCACGGUAGUACCGGAGGCGCUGGUGCUGGUGCCACAGGCGGUGAUAUCCGAGAUGAGGGCGAAGAGUCCCGAGAAGGGGGCGCCGAUGGUGGUCGAGCAGCCGGAUCAGGUGAUGUCUCUGCCAUUGUGCAAGACUUCAUGAACUCACUCAAAGGCGGCAACGCAGGCGGCAGCUCACAACAAAGAGGAUCAGAACCCUUCGCUAGCCUUACCGAGUUCCUCUGGCCUACGCAUACUCUCUCAACCGUUGAGAACGCUUCCGACGAGACCAUCGACGCACUGUGUGCCCAACUACCGACAAUCCCUUUCCUCCUAGAAGCCGAAGUCGAAGAUAUCGAUCAAAUCGACCCCAACUCCGAGACCGCGCAGAUGGCCAUUCAGACAUUGGGUCGGGAGGAGAAAAUUGAGGUUCUGAACAGGGUCCUACGCGCACCUCAGCUGAGGGGAGCAUUAGGCAGUUUGAACGAGGCGCUAAGGACCGGUGCUCUACCGACUGUCAGCCAGGCACUGAAUAUUGAUGUCGAAAACGGAGGCUAUAUGAGAGGUGGAGGCAUGCCACUUGGUGGCGGAGAUGCAGUCAAGGCUUUUCUGGAAGGUGUCAAGAAGACAGUAGAAAAGGAGAAGAAGGGCGGCGAUGACAUGGACACCAGCUAGAUAGCCAAGCGGCUCUAGCGAUUUGGAUAUUCUCUUGCAUGGAAUGACGACCGACACACGACUGAUGCACACAUAGACGACAAUGAUCAAUGGCACGAAUAUUGCAUGGCAAGGGUAGGGUAAUGCAUUUAUUCUCGCUCUCAUCGGUACUUUUCAAAUCCUCUUCUUAGAUGUUCGCUUCCCAUCUAGGACGACCUCCAAAAUGUACAGACAGCCAUUCAACGGAUAUGGUCUUUCCAAACAU